GACGUAAAAAGCGGCGUUGGAAGACCGGGAAAAACGGCGUUUUUUCCUCCACUCAGAAGGGGCGUUCAAGGCGCCAGUCUCUGGCGUAAAAUACUGUGUUCUGUUCGGGUCAACGCCGUUUUUUUACGGCGUUCUGACUUAUCAAACGGCGAUUUUUACGUCAUUUCUUAAACAAACGGGUUAGAAAAUUGGAGAAUUUUGGCCUAGAUUGUUUGCCAUACUAAUCGCUGCUACUGUGAGUCGUUGGAAGGAUAAAAACAAAUCCACUGGAAGGAAGCGAGCGGGAUGUUUACUUCCCAGCUGCCGAAACUCGACAUAUGUAAUAUGUCCUGGGUAGAAGAAAUAUUCAACGAUUUGAUUCGGUCGUAACACAUCGUUUAAUACUCUGACGACAUUACGGCUUGUAUGACGCUUGCCCAGGGGAGAGAGUGGUGUUGUCGUUUAUCAGCUCCAUUUGCAUGUUGGAUGGCUGAUCUAUUAUGCUAGGAACAUGUUCAAAAAUGUUUUCGGCUCAGGGUUUCUGGUGAGAACAUCACAUGUGAUUCUGACAUGGGUCAUAACGUUAAUCCUCUUCCUACAUGAUACAGGUGAAUCUAUCACUUUACAUUCAUAGGCUUUGCCUCUAUAAUCGCUCGCACACCCCUGGGAGCUGUGGUGGUGUUAAGUGUGUGAGUGAUGUGUUCACAGAGCUGAGGAAGCAGGAGGAGACGGGCCAGCUUGUCCAGCCCGUGCUCUUCGUCCUGCUGGUGCUGCUGUCUGUGCUGCUGUACUUCGCGGUCUCUCUGAUGGACCCGGGUUUCAUCCUGUCUGAUGACACGGACUUGCAGUUCAUGCUGGGAGUGACUGAGGAGCAGCAGGACAUGAUUCCUCCUGCCACCAAAUCCCUGAGACAGCGCCGCUGUGGCCACUGUCUGCUUCAGCAGCAGCCAAUGAGAUCAAAGCACUGCCAGACGUGUCAGCACUGCGUCCGGCGUUAUGACCAUCACUGUCCCUGGAUUGAGAACUGCGUUGGUGAGAGGAACCACCGCUGGUUUGUGUUUUACCUGGCCUUCCAGCUGCUAGUGCUUCUAUGGGGCCUGCGCAUUGCCUGGACGGGUUUCACCUACGUACCCAUCUGGCACCAGUGGCUGCGUACAAACGGAGUCCUGACGGCCGUGACCAUGCUGCUAGCGCUGCUCUCGCUCAUCGUACUGUUGCUGCUCGGCUCCCAUCUAUACCUGGUUUCUCUCAACACAACCACGUGGGAGUUCAUGUCGCGCCACCGCAUCUCCUACCUCAAACACUGCGGUGCAGAUGAGAACCCCUUUGACCGCGGGACAUUCCAAAACCUUUGGGGUUUCUUCUGCAUCUGGGGCACAGUGGUGUGGGAGCAAGUGUACUUCAAGGAGGGCAGCGAUCAGGUUUAGGUACAUUUCAGUGAUGAACAGCCUCUCUGGAUCUGGGAUUACACACCAAAUAGGAGGAUAAACUGUGCUUGUGAGCGGUUCCCUUUAUAUAGGCAUUUGUGUUGUUGUGCCAUAACUGUGGAGCGUUUCCCUCCUUCUCAUCCUCUCAGUCGUUCUUUAUUGCAAUUGAUUGCCUGCAUUUCCUGUUUUUUACCUCAAUGCAGUCGUAGUGAAAUAUGUGGGAGCUUUCAAAUAGUCAGUUUUGGUUAGGAAGUUUUCUAAUGAGUAAAGUGAUACAGGUGCAUGACAGCUAUAAUAAAAGCAUUUCAAAUUCUGGUCUAAAGACCUUAUGUUAAGGUCUACAUCAAGAGAAAUAAGAGCUAUAAUAAUUGACUUAAGUAUAAUGCACAGUUCACAUUUGGAAUGUUUGUUGUUUAUCAUGGAAUUAAUUUUUACUUAAGGUCAGCUAGAAUAAGUGAUGGAUGGAGGAAAUUUUACUUCAGUCAUGGAAAUCAAGGACUUAAAUGAAAUAAAUCAUUUUCCUGCUCAUGUGUCUUACGGGCUAUGGGGCAGGGCAAAUUAGCAUGAUGCCCUAAUGAUCAUGAUCUAAUAACAGUGCACUAAUUUAAUGAAAUUUAAAGAUGCAGCCGAUUCAUUUCAAUAAUAAUCAAUAUGCUGCCAAGAGCAGAACAAAUUAGCAGCUCAAAAACAGCAGAACCGGUGAGAAACCCAACGAGGAUUGUGCGAACCAACGCAGGUCUUAGAAAUAGAAAGUGAAGAAUGUGAGGUUCAAAGGUCUGAGACACAGCUGGAGCUCAGGAUUUAGCCAGCAUUUUUCAAACAGCUGUAUGACCUGUAAGAUGUGUAGAAGGUAAACAAAAGCAUCAGAUCUUGAGCCUCGCACACGUUCGUGAAAAUACAGCUACUAUGCCUACAUGCUUAUGAGCAUUGCUCAUUGUUGGUCUGUGCAGACUCCAGAGGACGGACAGUUCAGCCAAGUUUCAGUAUUAGUGAGCAGAACACUCAGGGACAGGACUAUUGCUAUUUUUUUGUGACCUUCACGAAACAUCACAGUAAGAACACGCUAAUAAGGUGGGCAUUUUGCCAUCCAUUGUCUCGAUGCUGUAAUUUCAACACAGUAGACAUAGAGUUGGUUAGAAUCUCAGCACACAGGCUUCUUUUCCCCAACUUAAACAUUUUGACCUCGAUGGAGAACAUCACCAGGUCGGGAACAGGAAAUAGGAGUCAUUUUUAGGACAAUUUGAACAUAGUGUGUGUUUCCAGAAUGAGGCCUCUUAAUAACUGGUAACCAGCACUGCGGCCUUCCUCCUUAUUGUUUACACAUCAAGUUCAUAAUUUCCUUCAAAACAAGCAACUCUCUACAUUGUCUUCAGGCAUUUUACACACCCGAGUGAAUCCGGUUAAGCUAGGACUUUACUCACCCAAAUACCCUCAGUCCUGCCUCUUCCACAAAAUCAUUUAAGUAACAAGUGAUGUUUGUUGACAAUAACCUGACUGUUCACCCUCAAUUCACAUCAAUCAUUACAUUCAAAAUUUGAGUAACAAUUACUUUAGUGUAGUGGGUUCCAUUCUCUUGUUGUCUCGUAUGAUGAAUGCUGUGCCUGUUUUACAGGAUUCACCUUCUCCAGCAGCGUUUGUCACUAAAGUAGGUUAGUCCAAGUGAGUGUGUUUGAAAUAUGAACUGUAUUGUUCCUGGCAAUUAUUCCAUACAUGUACACGAUAUUUAGACCUGUUACAGUGUCUCAAGUUGUUUAAAAUUGUACAUAUUUUUAAAACUAUUUUGGAGCAGAAAAUGUCUUUAGAUUUUUGUAAAACUAUUUUAACAGGGACUUGAAUGAUACAGUGGAACACUGGUUAUUAGCUAAAAGGUUUGAGUGCAAUAUGUUUCCAUUUAAGGUUUUCCUUGUGCAAUAGUAACCUUGUAAGACAGCAAUAAAUGUUUGUGUUUGAUCCAGUGCAAAAUGCUGAGUCCUUCUGCUUGGACAGUAAGAUCUCUGCUUUUUUUUUUUU